AUGCUCUGCAACAAGAGAAAUGCUGGCGCAGGAACAGAGACCCAGCACCACCAGAAACCGAUCAUCCAAUCAGAGCCGCGGGCAGGGCGCGGGGCAGCCAACCGCGCGGCGGGAGGAGGGGCUGAGGAGGGGGCUCGCGGGGCAGGGGAGGGGGCUAGGGGCCUCGAAGGGCUCCGGAGCUGCGACUGGCGAGUCAUGGCGCUGGGACUACAGCGCGCAAGGUCGAGCACGGAGCUACGCAAGGAGAAGUCCCGGGAUGCGGCCCGCAGCCGGCGCAGCCAGGAGACCGAGGUGCUGUACCAGUUGGCGCACACCCUGCCCUUCGCGCGCGGGGUCAGCGCCCACCUGGACAAGGCCUCCAUCAUGCGCCUCACCAUCAGCUAUCUGCGCAUGCACCGCCUCUGCACCGCAGGGGAGUGGAACCAGGUGGGAGCAGGGGGCGAACCACUGGAUGCCUGCUACCUGAAGGCCCUGGAGGGCUUUGUUAUGGUGCUCACCGCCGAGGGAGACAUGGCUUACCUGUCAGAGAAUGUCAGCAAACACCUGGGCCUCAGCCAGCUGGAGCUGAUCGGACACAAUAUCUUUGAUUUUAUCCAUCCCUGUGACCAAGAGGAGCUUCAAGAUGCCCUGACCCCCCGGCAGAGCCUGUCCAAAAAGAAGCCGGAGGCCCCCACCGAGCGGUGCUUCUCCUUGCGCAUGAAGAGCACCCUCAGCAGCCGCGGGCGCACCCUCAAUCUCAAGGCGGCCACCUGGAAGGUACUACACUGUUCUGGACACAUGAGGGUCUACAAACCCCCAGCACAGACUUCCCCGGCCGGGAGUCCCAACUUGGAGCCCCCCCUGCAAUGCCUGGUGCUAAUCUGUGAAGCCAUCCCCCACCCUGGCAGCCUGGAGCCCCCAUUGGGCCGAGGGGCCUUCCUCAGCCGCCACAGCCUGGACAUGAAGUUCACCUACUGCGACGAGAGGAUCGCGGAGGUUGCCGGCUACAGCCCCGACGACCUGAUUGGCUGUUCUGCCUACGAGUACAUCCACGCGCUCGACUCGGAUGCAGUCGGCCAGAGCAUCCAUACAUUGCUGAGCAAGGGCCAGGCAGUAACGGGGCAGUACCGCUUCCUGGCCCGGAGUGGUGGCUACCUGUGGACCCAGACCCAGGCCACAGUGGUGUCAGGGGGCCGGGGUCCCCAAUCUGAGAGUAUCGUCUGCGUCCACUUCCUGAUCAGCCGGGUGGAAGAGACCGAAGUGGUGCUGUCCCUGGAGCAAACUGAGCAACACUCUCGCAGACACAUUCAGCAGGGCAGCCCCUCUCAGAAGGAUGCCCCUAAUCCUGGAGACAGACUUGACACCUCUGGUCCCCGGAUCCUGGCUUUCCUGCACCCCCCUGCCCUGAGUGAGGCUGCCCUGGCAGCUGACCCCCGUCGGUUCUGUAGCCCUGACCUCCGUCGCCUCUUGGCACCAAUCCUGGAUGGGACUUCAGUAGCCGCUACCCCCAGUGCACCCCCAGGCACAUGGCGCCCCCAAAGUCCUCUUCCGGCUGAUCUCCCAGAUGAACUACUUGUGGAUGUGGAGAAUGCACACAAAGUCUUGGCCUCUGGGAAAGACCUGCAGGCAGUGGAAACAGAUCUAGAUAUCGCUCAGGACGUCGAUGCUCUGGAUUUGGAGAUGCUGGCCCCCUACAUCUCCAUGGAUGAUGAUUUUCAGCUCAACUCCAGCGAGCAGCUACCCAGGGCCUACCACAGACCUGCAGGGGCUGUCCCCCGGCCCCGUGCUCGGAGCUUCCACGGCAUGUCGCCCCCAACCCCUGAGACCUCCCUGCUCCCCCGCUGGGGGAGUGACCCCCGGCUGAGUUGCUCCAGCCCUUCCAGAGGGGACCCCUCAGCAUCCUCCCCCAUGGUUGGGGCUCGGAAGAGGGCCCUGGUCCCGAGCUCAGAAGACGAGGCAGAGAAGGUGGAGCUCCUGGGCAUAAGACCCCCCAAACGAUCCCCCAGCCCAGAACCCGAAAACUUCCUGUUGCCUCCCCUCAGCCUGAGCUUCCUUCUGACAGGAGGACCAGCCCCAGGGAGCCGGCAGGAUCCCAGCACACACCUCCUGGAGCUGAAUGAGCGCCUGGGCCCGGGCCCCUCCCUGCUCUCUCUCUACCCGGACGAGGACACGGCCCAGCCCAGGAGCCACUUUCAGCUAGCAGCAGGCUUGGCCCAGGCCAUCUGA